GCUCUCAGCACGCCCAGCUGGGACCCUCCUGAAGCCUCCUCCAGGGACUCCUCUGCCUGCCCCUCCUCCUCCUGAGCAGCUCCAUGAGGCCCCUGUGGCUCUGCUGGGCACUCUGGGUGCUCCCCCUGGCUGGCCCCGGGGCAGCCCUGACCGAGGAGCAGAUCCUGGGCAGUCUGCUACAGCAGCUGCACCUCAGUGAGGUGCCCAUCCUGGACAAGGCUGACAUGGACAAAAUGGUGACUCCUGCCCAUGUGAGGGCCCAGUACGUGGCCCUGCUGCAGCGUAGCCACGGGGCUCACUCCCGAGGGAAGAGGUUCAGCCAGCGCUUCCGAGAGGUGGCCGGCAGGUUCCUGGUAUCCGAAGCCUCCACAUACCUGCUGGUGUUUGGCAUGGAGCAGCGGCUGCCGCCCCACAGCGAGCUGGUGCAGGCGGUGCUGCACCUGUUCCAGGAGCCUGUGCCCAAGGCCGCGCUGUGCAAGCUGUCCCCCCUCAGCGCCAGGGCCCGGGUCACCGUGGAGUGGCUGCAUGUGCGUGCUGAUGGCUCCAACCGCACCUCCCUCAUCGACUCCAGGCUAGUGUCCAUUCACGACAGCGGCUGGAAGACCUUCGAUGUGACCGAGGCUGUGAACUUCUGGCAGCAGCUGAGCAGGCCCCAGCAGCCCCUACUGCUGCAGGUGUCCGUGCAGAGGGAGCACCUGGGCCCGCUGGCCUCCAGAGCCCACAAGCUGGUCCGCUUCGCCUCCCAGGGGCUGUGGGGCACAGGGCCUGCCGAGCCCCAGCUGGAGCUGCACACCCUGGACCUCAGGGACUACGGAGCCCAGGGCAAUUGUGACACUGAGGUGCCAGUGAUGGAGGGCACCCGCUGCUGCCGCCAGGAGAUGUACAUUGACCUGCAGGGGAUGAAGUGGGCUGAGAACUGGGUCCUGGAACCCCCGGGCUUCCUGGCCUAUGAGUGCGUGGGCACCUGCCAGCAGCCCCCGGAAUCCCAGAACUUCAGGUGGCCAUUUCUGGGGCCACGGCAGUGCAUUGCCUCAGAGGCCACCUCACUGCCCAUGAUUGUUAGCAUCAAGGAGGGGGGUCGAGCCAGGUCCCAGGUGGUCAGCCUGCCCAACAUGAGGGUGCAGAAGUGCAGCUGUGCCUGGGAUGGGGCGCUGGUGCCAAGGAAGCUGGAACCAUAGG